AUGGGAGAAUAUGCUGAUUCUGGACUGGCAAUUGGAAUCUCAGCAACUGCAACGCUCUCUGAACUCUUUGUCGACGGACAUUGGCUCCUCCCACCAGCAAGGUCUGAGCAGUUACUUCAAGUGCAGAUACACCUCACAACGAUAGUGCUAGUGGAUGAAGAUGAUCACUAUGAAUGGGUAUUGAAUGACACCACCACAAAACGAUACUCAAUAGGAGAUGUGUAUAGGAAACUGAGAAAUGAGGAAGAGGAAGAGGUACCUUGGGCCAAAAUUGUCUGGAUCAGUGCUGGGAUACCGAAGCACGGUUUCCUAACUUGGUUGUUUGUCCUAAACCGCUGUCCGACUAGAGAUCGCUUACUAAGCUGGGGGCUUCAGACGGAUUCGGUUUGCCUUCCCUGCAAUGCAGCGGCUGAAUCAAGGGAUCACCUUUUCUUCCGAUGUCCUUACACUUGGGACCUAUGGCAAAUCAUCGCAGAAAAGUGUGGGCUGAUAUCAGAAAGGGACUGGAACGACUCAAUCCUGCAACUGCAACAACUACAGGGCAAUAGGUUAAGGAAGAGACUCACUUACAUCGGCUGGCAAGCUGCAAUAUAUUAG